CCUGCCCGGUGAUCCAGGAGAAAAAGGAGACAAGGGAGAUCAGGGUCCGCCCGGGCCCUCCGGACCUCAAGGCUUUCGAGGUUCUCAGGGAAUAUCCGGACCGCAAGGACCUGAGGGGCCUCCUGGAUCUCAAGGCCCUCCCGGUCCUCCUGGCCUUCCAGGGCCGAUUAUUAACAAUAUCACGAACGGUGGACCCGUAGAGCAACUACCACCGAUAUUUAUAGGCAGCAAAGGACCAAGUGUUGGGUAUAGGGAAGUUAGAGGGAACCGUGGUGACCCGGGUGAGGCUGGCUCAAUGGGCGUUCCUGGAAGGAGAGGGGUUGAUGGGGAACACGGAAAACCGGGGCCACCGGGCUUAGAUGGAAGCCCAGGCACACCGGGACCACCUGGACUUAACGGUCCCCCUGGUCAAAGAGGACGCCAUGGAGAAGACGGAAGUCCAGGUCGCCCUGGGGAUGUUGGAGAGCCAGGUCCGUCAGGCGCAUCGGGUCCUCGUGGAGCGUCUGGUCUGCCAGGAUUGCAAGGUGUCAAGGGAGAUAGGGGAGAACAAGGACCUGCAGGAGAACCAGGAGGCCAAGGAAGGCAGGGUGCACAGGGAGACACAGGCAAACCAGGAAGUUCUGGUCGUGAUGGAAGAUCCGGUAUGCAAGGUCCACAAGGAAGGCCUGGCAUCCCAGGAGCAGUGGGCCGACAGGGCAAAGUCGGUUCUCGUGGGAAGUCUGGUCGAGAGGGUUCUCCGGGUGCACCUGGGGAGAUGGGUGAACCAGGCUUAGGAGGGGUUCCCGGGCCUAAAGGGAAUAAUGGACCCCAGGGGCGUCCAGGAUCUAGAGGUACCAACGGAGAGCCUGGUCCAGAGGGAGAGGAAGGACGAGUCGGAGAUCCAGGGAACCCCGGCCUCCCAGGUGAGGAGGGAGAACCUGGGCCCAAGGGUAACAUGGGCUCAAUGGGCCUGAUGGGGCCUCAAGGGACACAAGGCUCUCCAGGAAUAGAUGGUAUUCCUGGGCAGCCAGGGCAUGAUGGUGAGCCUGGGGACAGGGGUAAAUCUGGAUUUCCUGGCUUAAGAGGAGCAACUGGAUCAAAAGGUGAUCAGGGUAGGAAAGGACAGAUGGGAAGACCUGGGCCCCAUGGCAUCGCGGGGAAACGAGGCAGUCAAGGAGCUCCGGGGCCGGUUGGAACAGCUGGGGAGCCUGGGGGAAUGGGUAAAAGAGGAGCUGUCGGAUACCCAGGUGCAGCCGGAAGAAACGGAAACAAGGGCGAUUCUGGUAUUCCAGGGAUGCCCGGAACUCCAGGAGUUAAGGGAGACGUGGGAGAACCUGGGGAUCUUGGGCAGCCAGGACCAAGGGGAAUACAGGGAGCUCGUGGACCGAGGGGAAAAGCAGGACGCGAUGGAGAAUCAGGAAAGCCGGGAAUGCCUGGCGAUGACGGUCGUCCGGGAAGACCUGGAAGAGAAGGCUCUCGUGGAAUGAUGGGAAUGCGAGGCUUUAACGGUGCAAGAGGAGAGCGGGGUGUGGAUGGACGCCCUGGUGCCAAUGGACGCACAGGACCUCGAGGAGUAAAGGGUGACCGUGGUCGCAAGGGCGCCACAGGAAGACCUGGGAGAUCUGGAAGGCGUGGUCGUCGAGGUAGGAUGGGAGGGCCUGGAUUUCGAGGAAGUCUUGGAUUAAAGGGUCUAUCGGGACCUCAAGGAGCCCCAGGCUAUCCCGGUCGCGUAGGGCGUAAGGGAAUCCGCGGAACCAACGGCAAAGAUGGAAAGGCCGGAGAUAUGGGACCCCGUGGACCUCCUGGACCAAUAGGACUAUCUGGUUCUCCGGGUAUGCCGGGACGCAUCGGUGAAUAUGGAUUUAAUGGCUUGUCAGGGGCUCCUGGUCCUAAAGGAAAGAAGGGGGCCAAAGGAAUGCGCGGCUCGGAUGGUAGACCAGGAUGGCCAGGUAUGCGCGGACGAACCGGAAGGAAAGGGCCGAAAGGAAAGCCAGGUGAAAAUGGCUAUCCGGGACUUCCCGGAAACAACGGACGAGAUGGUCAGCCGGGUAUGGAUGGAAGACCAGGAACCCCAGGAUACCCAGGACCCCGCGGCGCCAAGGGGAAGGAUGGCGUAAAUGGUGCACCUGGAAAGCCUGGGAAGGAAGGAGAAAUGGGUCUAACCGGGCGAAGAGGUUCUUCUGGUCUGCCUGGAACUCGAGGAGCGACGGGACCUUCUGGACCAGCCGGACCAGAUGGAAACAAAGGAUCCCCUGGAAUGAAGGGAAGAAAAGGACCCGUGGGUGUGCGAGGAUCGAAGGGCGAAAGUGGUGGUCUGGGAUCGCAAGGUCCCGAGGGUGAUCCUGGAGAACUGGGAAAGCCUGGCGGUGUGGGGCUUCGAGGAGCGCCUGGCAUGCCGGGAAAGCCAGGAUUACGAGGAGCAACAGGUCGAGAAGGUGAAACAGGCCUUGAAGGUAAUCCUGGAAUUCCUGGAACGAAAGGAGCUCGAGGAAGAUAUGGAAAAUCAGGGAAACCUGGUCUACCCGGUCCUCCGGGAAUGAGUGGUCAAGAUGGCAUAUCUGGCCCCCCCGGACAAGACGGCUCAGUUGGUUUUCCUGGACCCACUGGGCCGAUGGGUCCCAAAGGACAUGUCGGACUUAAUGGCUUCAAUGGUUUUGCAGGAAGAGGUGGAGCACGAGGAGAAGACGGUGAAUCGGGCGAUCAAGGUCCAAAGGGAGCUGGUGGUAUACCUGGAGAACCUGGUUUAGCAGGAUAUCCUGGCAAAACUGGAGAUCAAGGAGCAGACGGCCGCCCAGGGAGAGAUGGUCUACCUGGUUUAGACGGAACACCCGGAGAGAAUGGCGCCUCAGGAGAACGGGGAGAUGUCGGAAACAAUGGGACUGAUGGAGCUAUAGGACCUCCCGGUGAAAUGGGAAGAAUGGGGGAAGCUGGGGAUAAAGGCAUUCCAGGGUUCUCAGGUGAACCGGGUGAUUUGGGUUCCGACGGAGAUGAAGGGGUAUUCGGACACAAAGGACAACCUGGUCCUAUGGGAAUACAAGGUGAUGAAGGAGAGACUGGGCGAGCAGGUCGGCAAGGUGAUCCAGGAUUAUUAGGACUUCCGGGAAUCCCUGGUCCACCUGGAGAAGAGGGGAGGACAGGGGAGCCUGGUAGCCAAGGAUCAACCGGCCCUACCGGACCCAAGGGCGUGAUGGGGCCUCAAGGACCACCAGGCCCUCCCGGUUAUGGCGGUAUGGAGGGGCGACUUGGGCCUGAGGGUGAAUAUGGUGAGCCGGGACCAAGAGGACCUCCCGGGUAUGACGGAGUACCGGGUGACCCAGGCCCUCCUGGUCCGCCAGGCGAGAAGGGGCCUCCAGGGCAAUAUAUCUACCCGCAGCCGCCUGGUAUUUCCACCGGAGUGAACAAGAAGGGUCCAUUCUCCAAUCGUCGGCUCUACUCGAGUAACCAGGGGAGAGACAAAGAAACCAACACCGCUGAGGAUCAACUGCAGUUAGACAUGUCACAAGCAAUAGAUUACUACCUGACUGCUCUUAGCUAUGUCGUCGAGAAUUUCAGAACACAAAACGGCACCAGGCGAUACCCUGCACGUUCAUGUCGAGAGCUUCAUCUUGAUUAUCCCGAGUAUCUAAGUGGAAGAUACUGGAUUGAUCCAAACGAGGGUUGUAUUGAUGAUGCGGUUCAGGUUUAUUGCGACUUUGAGGAGCAAGUCAACUGCAUAGAGCCUAGAAACCAUAAGAUCACGAUUCCGACCCUCUCUGCCAAUCAGUGGAUAAGCGAAGUCAACCUUCAAACAGAAACGUUUGAAUACAAGGCAACGACUGGCCAAAUUAAUUUUCUAAGACUCUUGAGCAAAGGAGUGUAUCAGAACAUAACGUAUUCGUGCUUCAGAGAAAAUGAUAACGACUGCACCAUUGAACUUCAAGGAGAAAAUGAAAUGGAAUUCAGAUCAUCAGAGCGAACUAAGCCCAGCUUUGUUUCCACAGAUUCCAAGGAGAACGAGCUCUCGGGUCGUCAAGCAGUUAUGGAAAUCAAUACAAAACGCACAGGUGCUUUACCAAUAGUGGACUUUGCCCGAACUUACGUCAGUGAAUCAACAGGGCCUUUCCGUCUUGAGAUCGGACCCGUGUGUUUUAUGUAUUAAAGUUAUGGAUCUGGACUCCCUCUAGUAUUUUACUUCUCUUAAGUCAAAGACAUAACAGCUGGGCUAUCACCCUAGUAGCUUUUUAAAAACAUUUCCUAAUUCGAUGUCAUCAUCUUAGUAUAGUACGUUGUAAUCUAAAGACUGAAUUUUUAACGGAAAUCUUUGUGUUGUACUAAUCAUACGCUUUAUUAUUUAAAUUAUAGUGAAGUAAAAAAUCCUCUUGUAGUCCUUUACCUUUCA